UAGCGAGAAGCCGGCGGCGGCGCUGUCCCGGAUCGACUGCGGGAACGAGGCGGGCGGUGAGGGGGUUAGUGGUGGUGGUGUUGUUGUUGUUGGUGGUGUUGGUGUUGUUGGUGGUGUUGUUGUUGGUGGUGGUGGUGGAGGAGGAUUGACCGCGCUCAUCGCCACGAAGCGAGCCAUGGAGCUGCCGCCGCUGCUGCUUCUGUCCGUCGUGCUGGCAGCGGGGGCCGCGAGAGGCGCCCCGGCAGCGGACGCGGUGAAGGGGCUGCCCGGGCUGGAGCCGCAGCCCGAGUUCGCGCACUACUCGGGGUUCCUGAGCGGGGGCCACGGGGCGCACCUGCACUACUGGUUCGUGGAGUCGGCGCACAAACCAGCGAGCGACCCCGUGGUUCUGUGGCUGAACGGCGGGCCCGGCUGCAGCUCCGUGGACGGCCUCCUGUCCGAGAACGGGCCCUUCCACGUGAACGACGACGGGCGGACGCUGUACUACAACAACGACAGUUGGAACAAGGCGGCCAACAUCCUGUACCUCGAGUCUCCCGCCGGCGUGGGAUUCUCCUACUCCGACGACAAGAACUACACCAUCGACGACGACCAGGUGGCCGACCGAAACUACGCGGCUCUCCAGGACUUCUUUGCUAAGUUCCCCGAGUUCUCGGGCAACGAUUUCUUUAUUUUUGGGGAGAGCUACGGAGGCAUCUACGUGCCGACCCUGAGCCUGCGCGUCGCGACGGGCGCCGCCAAAAUCAACUUCAAGGGGUUCGCGGUGGGGAACGGCCUCUCAAGCUACGCCAUCAACGACCAAUCGCUCGUCUACUUCGCCUACUACCACGGCCUGUUGGGAGAAUCGCUGUGGGCAGACCUCAACCGCUACUGCUGCAGCGGCGCCAAGUGUAACUUCUACAACAGCUCCUCCAGCGACUGCAAGGAGGCGGUCAUGCGGACGUUCCACGUCGUGUACGAGAUCGGCCUCAACGUCUACGCCCUGUACAUGGACUGCGCGGGCGGCAUCGGCACUCGCAGCGCUCGCUACCGCGCCGAUAUGAGCCACCUCUUCCGCGCCUACAGCCCAGUGCUGCCCCUGCUGCCGCCGCAUCGUCAGUCGGUGGCUCCGGGAGGAGGUCUCCGGGGCGUCCCGCCCUGCCUCAACGGCACCGGCGAGACCAACUGGAUCAAUCAGCAGAGCGUGCGUGCCGCCCUGCACAUCCCAGAUGGCGUGCAGGCCUGGCAGUUCUGCAGCGACGUGGUCGGCGCCAACUACGUGCGCGUCUACAGCGACAUGUUCGACGUCUACCAGAAGCUGCUGGGCCACGGCCUGCGGGGGCUCGUCUACAACGGAGACACCGACAUGGCCUGCAACUUCCUGGGCGACCAGUGGUUUGUGGAAAGCCUGCAGAGGAAGAAACUGGCGGCUCAGCGGGCUUGGAUCGUGGACGACCAGAUCGCGGGAUUUUGUCACGAAUAUGAUAGCAUCACCUUCCUCACCGUCAAGGGAGCGGGACACAUGGUGCCACAGUGGGCUCCGCGGGCCUCCUUCAAAAUGUUCCAGUCGUUCAUCGCCAACAAGCCCCUGUGAUAAGCGGCGCCUGCACCGUCGACAGAAACCUGCACUCGUAUUCCCACAAGGCUCCGGGGCCCAGCCGUUGUUGGAGAGCCUUGUCCUCUACUGAUUUUGCACAUUUCCAAAGCAGUCGAUGAUGUUCGGUAAAAGUCAGUUGGCUAGGUUUGGCCACAGCUGGCUGUGCAGUUAACAUCCCGCCACUGAGUGCCACGGUGACGAGAUGUUAACUACCUCGCUUGGUAUGCAGGAGGUCAUGGGUUCGAUCCCGACCCUGACGCCUGCUGUAUAUUUGGAGUUUGAAUGUUCUGCCCGUGGUCGCGUGGAUUUUUCUCCUGGUCAUCCGGUUUUUACCUCCAAAUUUAUAAACAUAGGUUUAGAAUAUUUGGCUGCUAUAAAUUGUCACGUGAUAAGCAACUUUGUUGAAAUAGCCAGGUCGUUUCUGAAGAAGAGCUACAUAGCUCUGGGGCCUUGCCUGGUAAAAUAAAAAAUAGUUUAGUUUAGAAAUCCAGGAACAGAUCUCUUAGGCCGUGGUUUUGGAGUUCUUGUGGUUCGCAUUCUGACAGUCGGGACCGUUGAGAGUUUACGAAACGAUUGUGCACAAUUUUCACGUUUAAAAUUUUUAAUUGCUAAAUUAUGAGACGUGUGUGCGCACACAGGCACUGACGUUGUGAUUGGAGGCACGUGUUGGCAGUUUAAGUUGUCAGAACAUGUUACCGAUGUCGACAGUGGGAAUGGGAAAAAUUAAAUCCAAUCUUAACUGCUCUAAUCUAUCCUGUAACCUAACACCAAUUUUCUUAUUUUGCUUAUAAUCCUUAGCCGCUAAGCUAUUGCCUUAUCUGCAGCAUCUUAAAAUUUAACCAUCUGUGUUCCAUCAAGUCUAAUCUGCAUUGCUUACUGAACCACGUUCCCUUAUUAACAGCCUCAUCUACAAACUCUAACCCCACAACCCAAAUCUUGAAACCAUAACCAUUGGCGUUUGAUGCCUUAAGUUAUAGGGGAAACUACAAACUCCCAUCUGGUUAUUUCCAGUCCCGCGCGACGUGUGAAGUAAGAUUGAUUGACGUUAUAACUGUUCAGGCAAACUGUGAUGACGACCAUGAAGGUUUUUUUGGGUUAUAUCGCGUGAAUAUAAAUGUGUCGUGAAACCCGCCACCACCUUACACAGCCAAAUAGUCAGGUUUGUCACAUUAACAAAACGUGCCAAUCAGUUACUGCUUCAGCACUCCGCUUGUGUGUUGGAGAGUAAACCCACAACAUUUACAAUUCGAGUACAACGUUUUGCUGGCAAUUACAACCAGGCUCAUCAGGCGAUUAGGCAGAAUUGUGAAAAGUACUCCCGUUUUGGUCUUCCUAAUUGGCUGUGUCCUUACUAGUUUGCUGUGUCGGAUCGUGGCAGGUUUAAUGACACAUUUAUAUUUACACGAUUAAACCCCCCAAAAAAACCUUUACUAUGGAUAUUUGUCUCGAAAAGCCUACGUGUUAAACUGUGAUGACGACGAUGGUGAUGCUGCUGCUGCUGCACCAGUUUUGGGCUCCCACCAGCCCGGUUAUCCCUGGUGAAGCCGCAUGGGUGGUGCACGCCCAUCUGAUGGAGAGAGCGUCGCUGACGAAACCACUGCAAGCGCAUUCCAGCGAUCAAAUGAAUCCACCUGCGCUCGCUGUCACUCGACUGGAAAACCCGCGGUGGACUCUUGUGGUUUCUCUAACCGAAGCCGUGAGCCACCAAUAUCCUUGACCGUAACCAACCCCACCGAGCCCAACUGCAGAACUUGAGCCCCAAUCCCGAAAACGUGAGUCUAUCCUGACUCAACACCUUUAUCCCAUAACCCUAACCCCAUAACACAAAUCCCAUAACUCCAUAUCUAAAUCCAUAACCCUAACCAAACUCACCAGCCUGACUAAAAUGAUCUGCAUUAUUAAUACUCAAGUUCUAUUCAUAACCCCCUGCAACCUUCUAUGUUAACCUUACCGCUAGCCCAGAACCCAUAAUCCUAACCCACGGCAGCAGCGCGAGGCUGUGCGCAGUGGAGGUCGGGAGAGGAUUAAUGUCUUGACUCGGGCUGUGCAGGUGGGGGGUGGGGAGCUGGGGGCUCUACAAGGGACCAAGUCAUUAGUGGACAUUCCUUGCUCUGACAGAGGACACAACUGCUGUUUACUUUCAAAGAGUGCUGCUCGAGUUAUGAGAGCUGCGCUACUCAGUUACCCAGGUGAUCGAUUUACUCUGCCGGUUAUUGGAUCAAUUAUUCAAAUAAUCUGACCACACGAAAAUGGUUUUGGAAGGGGAAAAAUGUCCCACCUCUGCUGCCACGUGUGCUGCGCCAUGCUGGAGGUGGUUUGCAGGUUGGGUGGGGACAGAAUUCUGGUUGUAAACUUUCAGUUGGGAGGGAUAAGAUAAAUAAAUGUGAAUCACACCAUCGAAUAAAUACUGCGCAUAUCGUAAUAGUUGCGGGCAGCUCCUGCAUGCCGGCAUGGCAGCAUACAAGCUCAGGUGUUUUUGAACAAGGGGGAUUCAGUCGAUAGAAGCAACUUACUUUUGUGUUGUGAAUUGUUAAGACAUUAUUUUUAUGUGGUGGUGGUGGUGUAAAUGUGGGAAAUAGUUUAUGAGAUCACAAUCGUGGCACUUAUUUGUAUGGCGCAUGAAUGCGUACGAGACAUUUAUUUUCCUUAUGGUGAAAUAUUUUACCGUUUGCACUCGCUGUCGAUUCAAGUUUUGUGAAUGUUUCUGUAUAUAUACAAUUUCAACUCCUAACACCCACGCCCACUAUUCGCUCACUCGUAGAGAGAGAACGACUUCCAGGCACAAGGAGCAAGCGUCAACAAUUUCCCGAGAUCUGCUGUCCUCUGUCAGGUUCGUUCGUUUCUCAAUCCACUUGUCCUGGUGAGGGUCGCGGCUGCAGAAUGUUGAGUAGGGCGGUGCAGGCCUCCCUUUCCCUGGCGACAGGCUCCAGCUAUUCCUGGGGAAUUCCCAGUUCAGCCGAGCGACAUUGCACCACUGGCGUCUCCUGGGCCAGCCCAGUAUGAAGGUGUUCUCAGCCAAUGUUGUCGUGUGUGAGGAAACUGGAGCACCCGAAGAAAAUCCAGGGGUGUGAGGGGAAACCACUCGGUCCCGUACAGACAAAACCACGUGGCGUCAACCUGUUUGCUGGACCGGCUUCUCGACGCCCACAGGAAGAAAUUCUCGCAACGCUCGUGUGAUCCAACCAACCCUGCCUACAGGGCGCUGGACUACAAUCGCGCGCUACCACUGCCACCGCUGGGCACACAGGAUAUGAUUACAAAAAAUUACUACUUUGGUUAAGGUGUAAAUACAAAACAAUCCGCGGUGGAAUUUAUACAAAAAUAUUUCAAUGUAAGUGUAAAGUAAUUUCACUUUUAUAAAUGCAGAAUUUUGCUAUAUUCAGUCGUAAUUUUGGUAUUUAUGAUGAACAAGCGUUUUCUUCAAUUUAAUUAAAACAAAUGAUGGCCACC